CAUUUCCUAUUUCAAUUUUUUCUUCCGUUCUGUUGUGUUCUCUCGAACUGCGACUAUUGUGUCCGGAUAGCUAUGCAGGCGUACGAUGAAAGCGGCAAUAGCACCCCCAUGGUCACCUUCCAGCGGAACGGGUCGUUGUCGUGUCCGGUUCAGUUCCUGUGCCAUGAAAACUCGAACAGUUUCUCGUACACCAUGAUUCCCCCGCGGCCGCUCAAGCUCACCGUUCUCAAAUUGGACGGAUCUUCUUUCGAGAUUGAAGUACCUAGGAAUGGGACGGUGGCGGAUCUGAAGAAGGCAGUGGAGGCCUCUUUUAGUCAUUUACCUUGCAAGGUAUCAUGGCGACAUGUUUGGGGACAUUUCUGCUUGAGCCAUGAUUAUGAGAAGCUAUUAUGUGACACCGAUCACAUAGGACUUCAUGGAAUUAGGGACGGUGAUCAGCUUGAAUUUGUGCGACAUGUCUCAGUUUCCUACUUGGGAAAGCAACAAGAAAGAGAGGACCUUGAAGCCUGUCUGUUGCUCGAUAACUGCGAGAAGAGAUUGCAAAGGAAAGGUAGUAUCUCAAGAUUCUUCUUAGGCAACUCUAGAAAUGCCCAAUCUCUGGACCGAUACAGAUACGAAGGGAGAAGAAGAAGAAGCAGAGCAGCCAUGGCUAUGGCCAACAUGAUCAUGGCUUCCUUCAAAGCCCUCAUGCCUCCUCCCACUCUCCUCCCCACCCCAAGAACCAAAGUUUCUUCUCUGUUUCCCAAAUUGCCCUUCCCCCAAUUCCCAAAACCCAUCAAAAAUCUGAAGUCCCUACCCCUGAUCCUCGCGACCGCUCUCGCCGCCGCGCCGCCUCCGGCUAUGGCGGAGGAGAUGCAGAAGGCGUCGCUCUUCGACUUCAACCUCACGCUCCCGAUCAUGAUGGUCCAGUUCCUGCUCCUCAUGGUCGCCCUCGACAAGAUCUACUACUCCCCGCUCGGGAAAUUCAUGGACGAGAGGGACGCCGCGAUCAAGGACAAGCUGAACAGAGCGAAGGAGAUGUCGGAGGAGGCGCGGCGGCUGGACGAGCAGGCGGCGGCGGUGAUGAGCGCGGCGCGCGAGGAGAUCGCGGCGGCGCUGCGCCAGAAGAGGACGGAGACGCAGGCGGAGAUGGAGAAGAGGCUGGAGGAGGGGCGGGCGAAGGUGGAGGCUGAGCUGGCGGCGGCGCUGGAGCAGCUUGAGGUGCAGAAGAUGGAGACGAUGAAGCAGCUCGAAUCUCAGAUUUCUUCGCUUAGCGAUGAGAUUGUCAAGAAGCUCAAAUGAUUGUUCGCAUGUGGCGAAGGCGAUCGAGAAGAGUUUUUCAUCUUCAUCCUACUUAGGAACUCUAAUUUUGGAGCGUAUUUUUCGAAGCAGUAAUGUUGCUCAUACUUUGGCUAGACGAGAAGUUGUUCAACCUCGUUGAUUUUUUUUUUUUUUUCACAAUGUAAAUUUUGUUGCUAAAAGAGAGUAUUAAUACAUAUAUUUUGUUAAUUUUGUUGAUAAAAGAGAGUAUUAAUGCAUGAUUUCAUAAAAGAAAUUAAAGCAUGUGGUUAUUA